AUGUCUUCCUUAUUUGAGGCAGUUAUCAAUUUCAGUGUCCUGUUUUGGAUAAUUACGGUUGAUCAAGUGUCUUGUGAUGAUGGUGAGCUUCUUUUUGGAAUAAGUGAGUGCGAAAAGACAGGAAGGUGUCCAACACGUCACGGACCGAUGACUGGUAGGUCUGUAUCAAUUCAAGUUAACAAUCAAAUUAACACGCUAACUAACGCUAAGGAUUCGAACCCUGGAAUGCUCUUUUUUUUUCGUGAAAAUGAAAAUAAAAACCGUCUGAUAAAAUUCACUCCAAAAAAUUUGCUUCAGAAAUAUUUGCUGUUUAAUAAAAACGAGGUUAAUAACUUUAUAGAAAGACAAACACGUCUUCGUCGCAAAUCUGAUGAUGGCAACUCCUCAAAAAAAGACAACUCAGGCAAAGGUCAACGUCCAACUAUGUUAGGACCAAGACCCGGACGUGGAUUCUGGCCAGCUAUUCGAUUUAACGACGAUCUUAAUAUUUUAUUAAAUGAAAUAAAAUCUAACCCUUAG